AUGAGCGGAUCAAACGGUGGCCUCGACUUUGAUUACCCCGCCCGCAACAAGACCCUUUACCAAGAGCAGAUAGAGGUGGGCCACGUCGACGGAGACGGAAACGCUGUAUUCAACGACUGGUACCGAGAGGACGGCUCUCAACUGUUCACGGGAGAGGUGCUCAAGCUACGUGCAGGGCACUUUCUCAAGAACUGUAUACUCCCAGCUAGCACGUACUUCACCGCUGGGGUGACGCCGGACGGCAAGGCCAGGCUCCGCUGCAUGAGAGAAUGGCCGUGGAAGGAGUGCAAACGGACGCUGGAAGAGUAUAAACGUUGGCGUGUGAAGUAUACGGUAGAGGGUACCAUCUCAUUCCAUGGCCGUGGUAUACAGCCGAUAAGCAGGGAGGACGCGGAGGAUACGGCUCAAGAUGCUCAUACAAGCCCUCCGCGGGACCAAUAUCAGACUCAGGUGGCCGAGGAGCGGGAGGAGGAGGAUCAGGCGUACGAGGACCAGAGGGGUAGUGCUUAG